AAAUCAAACCAAGCCAUCUUAUUUUCUGUUUUCAAUUCUCCAAGAAAAUUUCAAAUAUUUUGAAUCUGCAGAAACCCUAGAAGAAUCAGAUCCGAAGAUAUCACUGUAUUUCUUGCUGUAAAGCUUCAUCUCCCCGGCUUUCUCCUUGAGUUUUGGUUUUGAAUCUACGAGGAAAUGGAGGCGAUCGAAGAAUUGUCUGAGCUAUCAGACUUGAUGCGGCAAGGUGCUGGUUUGCUUGCCGAUGAAGACGUCGACGAGAUCUCGUCUUCUUCCAAACGUCCUUCCACGUUCCUCAAUGUCGUCGCGCUUGGUAAUAUCGUAAGUUUCGUCUUUCUCUAUCUGUUUGCACAUUGGAUCUUGUGUAUUUUGUGCUGUGUGAGGUGGAGAUCGUCAAUUCCUUGGGCUUGUGUGGUGGACAAGUUGAAUCCAAUCAAAUCGAAUCAGAAUGUCCUGGGAGCUGGUAAAUCUGCUGCUUUGAACAGUCUUAUUGGACAUCCUGUUCUUCCAACCGGUGAAAAUGGUGCUACUCGAGCUCCCAUAAGCAUUGAUUUGUCAAGGGAUAGUUCUCUGAGUAGUAAAUCAAUCAUCUUGCAAAUUGACAAUAAAUCUCAACCAGUCUCUGCAAGUGCUCUGCGGCAUUCCCUACAGGAUAGGCUAAGCAAGGGUUCAUCUGGAAGGAGUCGUGAUGAAAUAUAUCUGAAGCUUCGCACUAGUACAGCACCAACAUUAAAAUUGAUUGAUUUGCCGGGACUGGAGCAAAGAAUUGUGGAUGAUUCAUUGCUCAGCGAGUACAUUGAACACAAUGAUGCUAUUUUGCUGGUUAUCAUACCUGCUGUCCAGGCACCGGAAAUUUCAUCAUCACGUGCAGUUAGGAUUGCUAAGGAAUAUGAUUCAGAAGGCACCAGAACUGUUGGUGUUAUUAGCAAAAUUGAUCAAGCAGCUUCAGACUCAAAAGCUCUUGCAGCAGUUCAGGCUCUCUUAUUGAAUCAGGGACCAUCAAAGACUUCUGAUAUUCCAUGGGUUGCUCUGAUUGGUCAGACUGUUUCUAUUGCUUCAGCUCAAUCUGGAAGUGCUGCAUCUGACAAUUCUUUAGAGACUGCUUGGAAAGCAGAGAAUGAAAGUCUAAAGUCUAUUUUGACUGGAGCCCCUCAAAGCAAGCUUGGUAGAAUAGCCUUGGUAGAUGCCCUUGCUGGUCAGAUUCGUAAUCGUAUGAAACUCAGGCUUCCAAAUCUUCUUUCUGGGCUUCAGGGUAAGUCACAAGUAGUUCAGGAUGAAUUAGUGAGAGUCGGUGAGCAAAUGGUUCAUAGCGCUGAAGGCACAAGAGCAAUAGCAUUGGAGCUCUGCCGUGAAUUUGAGGAUAAAUUUCUACUGCAUAUAACUGGCGGCGAGGGUAAUGGUUGGAAAAUUGUUUCAAGUUUUGAGGGGAAUUUUCCUAAUAGGAUUAAGCAGCUCCCUUUAGACAGACAUUUUGACAUGAACAAUAUCAAAAGGAUUGUCUUGGAAGCAGAUGGUUAUCAACCUUAUCUGAUAUCUCCAGAGAAAGGGUUAAGAUCUUUAAUAAAAGGUGUCUUGGAGCUAGCAAAAGAACCAUCACGUUUAUGCGUUGAUGAGGUGCAUCGUGUCUUACUGGAUAUUGUUUCUGCUGCUGCAAAUGCUACACCUGGUCUUGGAAGAUAUCCUCCUUUCAAGAGAGAGGUUGUGGCAAUUGCAAGUGCUGCUCUUGACGAGUUCAAGAAUGAAGCAAAAAAGAUGGUAGUUGCAUUGGUAGAUAUGGAGCGUGCAUUUGUGCCACCUCAACACUUCAUCCGACUUGUGCAAAGAAGAAUGGAGAAGCAGCGUCGAGAGGAAGAGCUAAAGAGUAGAUCCUCGAAGAAGGCAAUUGAGGCAGAGCAGUCUAUUCUCAAUAGGGCAACCAGUCCUCAAACAGGUGGGCAACAAUCUGAAGGAAGCUUAAAAUCCAUGAAAGAUAACAAAUCAAGUAAGCAAGAUAAAGAUGUACAAGAGGGAUCAGCCCUGAAGACUGCUGGACCAGGUGGUGAAAUAACUGCAGGAUUUUUGUUGAAGAAAAGCGGGAAAACAAAUGGGUGGAGCAGGCGAUGGUUUGUUUUAAAUGAGAAAACAGGGAAGCUUGGUUAUACCAAAAAACAAGAGGAAAAGCAUUUUCGUGGUGUUAUUGUUUUGGAGGAAUGCAAGAUUGAGGAAGGUUCAGAUGAGGAAGAAGCCCCAUCAAAGAGUUCCAAGGAUAAGAAGGCAAAUGGACCAGACUCUGGAAAAGGAUCCAGUCUUGUUUUCAAGAUAACUAGCAGGGUACCAUACAAAACAGUUCUGAAAGCUCAUAGUGCCAUCGUGUUGAAGGCUGAGAGUAUGGCAGACAAAGUUGAGUGGCUAAACAAGUUAAAAAAUGUUAUUGAAUCUAAAGGAGGUCAAGUAAAGGGUGAAUCUGGUCUUCCAACAACCAUGAGGCAUAGUCUAUCUGAUGGUUCACUUGAUACAAUGGCAAGACGACCUGCUGAUCCAGAGGAAGAGCUUAGAUGGAUGUCUCAAGAAGUACGUGGUUAUGUGGAAGCUGUUCUUAACAGCCUGGCUGCCAAUGUCCCAAAGGCAGUUGUUCUUUGCCAAGUAGAGAAAGCCAAGGAAGACAUGCUCAAUCAGUUAUACAGCUCUGUUAGUGCCAUUAACAAUGCUAGGAUUGAAGAGCUGAUCCAGGAGGAUCAGAAUGUUAAGCGGAGGAGGGAGCGUUACCAGAAGCAAUCAUCACUGCUUUCAAAGCUCACAAGGCAACUAGGUAUCCAUGACAAUCGAGCGGCUGCUGCCACCAACUGGUCCAAUGGUGAAAGCAGCCCACGAACAAGUGGAUCCUCAUCGGGUGACGAAUGGAGGUCUGCAUUUGAUGCUGCCGCAAAUGGACCUGUUGAUUCAUCUAGGCAUAGUAGACGGAAUAGUGACCCAGCUCAGAAUGGCGAUGCAAGCUCAGGUGCUAACUCUGGCAGUAGGCGUACUCCGAUACGGUUGCCACCAGCACCGCCACAAAGUGGUUCAUCCUAUAGAUACUAGAGAAAAUCAAACUGGUUUGUUAUUCAUGCAUCAUUCUUGCUUGCUGGGUGAGUGUUUAUUCUUUCCCCCUUUCCAUCGAGCAUGUCUCGAGCUCAUAUGUAAUGUUGCAUCUAUAAGUAUGUAAUUUUGAGAUGUAUUUCUGAUGAUAUAUCAAUGUCACCCGGCAGUUAGUGGACGAUGAGGGGGUUCGUUUGUUUGGGAGGGCUAUCUUUCCAUUUUUUUUGUCCGAUGUUACAUAUGUAUUUGUUUGCGUUGAAUCUAUGAGC